GAAAGAAGCGAGAGGAGUCAGGAACUGGUUGGACAUAAACUUGAUUGAAUUGAAGAGCUUUGGUCCCAGGUUUUGGGUCUUUGGUCACUGGUGUGGAGAUGAAGCCUCUCCUCAGAGCUCUGAGUGCUCUGCUCUGCUGCUCGCUGUCCUCCUCACACACACUGGACCCUGCUGGGAAGAACGUCUGCCAGAAUCCCAGGGAUCCCUCCACCCUGGUCUGUUGCACUGGAUGGCAUCAAGAAGGAAAAGAGUGCACCAUACCUGUGUGUGAGGGUGAGCAGGCCUGCCAGAAGGAUGAGCUCUGUGUGUAUCCUGGAGUGUGUCGCUGCCCACCUGGCUACUAUGGAGCUCAGUGUAAAACACGUUGUCCUCCUGAGUUUUGGGCAUCAGACUGUCGCCAGGUGUGCCAGUGCCACCCACAUGGUCGCUGUCACGCCGUCACUGGCGAGUGCACCUGCAACUCCAAUCGCUGGGGUCAGCUGUGCCAAAACGCCUGCAAAUGUGCCCGCCACGGUCAAUGCAACCCCAUCAGCGGAGACUGCACCUGCGACAAGGGCUGGUGGACGCCAACCUGUUCCAAGCCGUGCCAGUGCGUCACCGGGGGCUCCUCGAGCUCCGACUGUGACCAGCUGACAGGCCGGUGCCAGUGCAAAAAGGGGCACUGGGCGCUGAAAUGCUCCGGCACUUGCAACUGCUACCUGUCGCCAUGCAACCAGCGGACCGGUGUGUGUGAGUGUGUGACAGGCUGGUGGGGGCCCAGCUGUGACCGGCGUUGUAACUGUGACCUCAAACACAGCAGCUGUGACACGGCCACUGGCCAGUGUCUGUGCCACCUGGGCUACAAAGGAGCCUUCUGCAACCAGCCCUGUGAAGCGGGGAAGUACGGCAGCGGAUGUAAAAUGAGUUGUGGUUACUGUAAAGACAACCAGCACUGCUCCGCUACUGAUGGUGUGUGUGCUGCCUGUGAGCCCGGCUGGAACGGUACACGAUGCGACCACCCGUGUCCGUCUGGUUACUUUGGUGAUGGCUGCAAGGAAAGGUGUCCACGAUGCAGGAACAAUGAGCCCUGUGACCCAAAAACCGGGAAAUGUUGGAGGUGUGAUCCUGGAUGGACGGGACCCAGGUGUGAGGAGGCCUGCUCUGACAGGACAUACGGAGACGCCUGCCGCUUCCCGUGUGGCCCAUGUUUCCAUGGUGACUGUCAUCAUGUGACAGGAAGAUGUGUCUGUCAGCCAGGCUUUCAGGGAGAGAGUUGUAACAACAGCUGCCCUGCGCUGCAGUUCGGCCUCAACUGUUCCUCUGCCUGCGACUGUGGUGAGGGGGUCAGCUGCCAACCAGUCACUGGUGCCUGCCCCAACAGUGGCCGAGGCGCUCUGCUAGCAGGUAUACUGGUUCCCUUGCUCCUGCUGCUGGUAGCUGUACUCUGCUGCUGUCUGUGUUGUGGAGGACGCCCCAUCGAUGAGAAAGACAGGGCGGCUGUGGCUGAUGGAGGUUGGUCUGUUCGGAUGAAAUAUCACGUCUACAGCGUCCUGGCAAACAUCGGUGCUGCCCUCCCCUGUAUCUCUGAUUGGUCCUCGGGCCUGCCUCGUGUGACCGUAUCUCACCAUGACCCGGAGCUGACCUUCAACCACAGCUUCAUUGAGCCUCCCUCCACUGGCUGGGUGACUGAAGGGUCGUCCUUCGACACUGAUGAGGAGGAGGAAGAGGCACUCUACUGUGUCCCUCCGAGAGAAGACAUCCCGGCAGUGGCGGGCGGCGAGUUCCAGGAGAUGAGCUCCAAGUGUAACAUGUUCCUGGACCCAUCAGGCUUCAGCAGUGAGGACAUAACCUCACCAUUCAACAUCCCCCGCACUUCCAGCAUUGCCAAAUCCAAACGGCCGUCUGUCUCUUUUGCCGAGGGCACCCGCUUCAGCCCCAAGGAGAGGCGUGGCUCGACUCAGGACCCCAGCGCUCUUUCUGGACACCCUCGCAACAAAUCCAAGUCUACCUGGGGGGUUUUGAUGCUCUCUGCCCUACAAAGUCAGGGAGGUGCAGCUAGACCUGGGGAGGGAGAUGGGGCUGAGGGUGAGGAGAGGGAGGAUGGGGUGGAUGUGCAGGCGACAGACAACCAGGAAUCAGGCUGUGAGGCAGGGGAACAGGAAGUAGACAGAAACUCAAACACCCCGUCCCGCUCCACCCUGCAGGUCCCUGGGGCAUCAGGACGAAGACGGACUAUGUCCAACACUGCUGCUCACAAAGGGAACCAGGUGUCAACUACCUCUGAUGCAAAUAAGGUCACCACAGUGUAUGUGACGGUGGGUAAGGCGGGUCGGCCCGUAUCGAAGGUAGAGUCGAGCUCAGAGGGCCCCGUCCAGGCCAUGCUACGGCGACUUGGAAGCCUCCAGAGACAAAGGGAGCAGGAUCCUGGCAGGCCCAAACCCAAGGGUGCUGAAGGGAUCACCAAACCACCCAGGAGGAAGCUUGGAGCUCGGGCGAGUGUGUGGGAGCAGGAAGGGCCUUCUGGAGGAGAAGUUGGCAUAUGUAAACCCAUCAGGAGGAAACAUGCUUCUCUCAACUCCCCUGACACAGCGGGUGCUAACGGCGCUGCAUCAACAGAGAGUGGCCCUCCUAAAAGGCCUUUGUCAUCCAUUUUGAAGAGCGUGCCAGAGGUGGCUUCAGCUGACUCGGGGUCAGAGCCGAGGACUGAGGGAGACAGAGGGCAGGGUGACGACCCCAAUAUAAGUGAAAGUGGUUACCUGACUGUCGGACCAGCAGGGGACGCUGUGAGUCUCACUGAAGUUAUCGCCAAUGAAGGCGCAGUGGUCAGUGUGAAUGAUGAACCCUGCUAUGAAAAUGUCAUGAUCAAAAAAUAAAAAGACCUUGAUGAACAAAGAAAACAUCAUGAUCAAACACUCAUAACCUCGGACAAACCACGUCAUCAGCAGGUCUGAUCCAAGUACACCUGUACUGUACUUUUUAUUAUUCUGUAGGCAUCACCAUAACAGCCACAAAGGGAAAAAAUGUAAUAUACUGUAGUAUAUAUGUAUGUGACAUUUAUGCAGUAUUUGUGAUCACAAAAUGACCUUCACAUUUAGCCUAAAUUCUAAGGAAAGUACAAGAAACACAUGGUAAAUGGGGCAAAAAACUACAGAAUAUCAGGUGUGAUAUUUGGGUAAUUUCCCCUUGUAGCAUUCAGUGUUGGCAGCUGAACAUUGAAUAUUUGGACAAGUAAAUGAGAGUUGUUUUUAUUUGCUCAGGUGUGGCGUGUUGUAUUAACUGCAUACAAACAAGAACAGUAAAAUCAGGGCUUGGUCUUUGCACUCGGUCUACUUCCUGUGUCAGAAGAGUGCAGAGUGGUGUUUUAUUCUAGGAAGAGAAGAGCAAGUGGCACAAAUAUCACAACAGCUAUGAAGAAUGAUGAUGAACUGUGUUCUUGAUUCAAGCAAAAACAGGUCUAAUUUAAGCAUGAGAAUAAAAUUUGCUGCUGUACUGAUGUUUUUAUUUGUCACAGGUGAAAACACAAGUGAGAACAGACAGAUUGUGAAUAUAAAACGAAUAGUGACUAAGUCUGUGUAGACGAUCAGAGAGCAAAACAAUGUGUCCUCAGCCUACUGUCAAACAAGACCUCUGCUGUGAAAGUUACAUAUUGCUGCUAUUAGGUAAAAUCCACAUUACUGCAAUUUAGGAAAUUUAUUUACUUUCCUUACUCAUUUAAAAAUGUGUAUGACCAUCUGGCAAGAAACCAAUAACAACCUUGUCUUUAUUUUUCUUAUACACUGUACAUAAUGUGAUGUUCAUGAUCAAUGGUGAGAAAAUAAACAUUUUCUCUUCAUUCCAGUAAAGAACUCUCUAGAUACAAUUAUAUGGCACCACAGAACUGUGAAGACACAACACAGACAUGACGUCUCUAACAUAAUGUAGCCUAAAACUGACCUGCUACUUGCAAGUUUAGAAAAUGUGAUUUAAAACAGUUUUAUUUUCCCUGAA